AUCUGGGCUUGCCAGGGAGAAACGGCGGAAGAUUAGAUAACAAAAGAUAACUAUAGCUUUUAUUGACCACAACGUACACAUGCCCGCCCGAAUUAACAAGCGACAGCAACGCGAGCAGGAAGAGCUUCUUGCGCUCGCAAACCAACCUGCUGCGGCCGCUGACGCAGACAGCGAGGAGGAACCAGCACCUGGACCGAUAGCGCCCUCGGGGUUUGCAGCGCUUUUUACUGCAGAAAGUGACCAUGAUGUACCUGAGAGCGAUGACGAAACAUCCAAGCCCACAAAGGCAAAGAAGGCAAAGAAGAAGAAGAAGAAACCAACAGCAUCGGAUGCACCGACAAGCCCUCAGCAGAGUAAACCCGCCGAGGUACCGAAGCCCCAGCAGCCUAAAUCCGCAAAGAAAGGCAAGGGAAAAGAGAAGAAGAAAGGCGAUCUGGAUGAUCUAGACACGGCGCUCGCAGAGCUUUCCCAGAAAUACCCAGAACUUCAAAGCGUGGCAACUUCCUCGUCCUCGACCACUCGCAACGCAUCCCUUGCAUCCCUUCUAUCCGUCUCAGUGUCCAACCUCGAUGCAGAAGCGGAGAUGCGCAAGUUUUUUGGCGCAAGAGCUGUCAUAGCUGCAAAGUCUUCCGAAAAUUCCUCCUCUGGUGGCUCAAAAAAACGGAGGGGUAUUGCUUCAGCACAAACUCAGCGUUCACAACUCACACGGCCGCAUCCUUCAUGGAGCAUGAUCAAGCAACGUGAAGGCCUCUCUUCUCGCCCAUUGACCGACGAGGAGGUACAAAAGAAGGUCGCAGAUCGAAAUAGCCCAGCCGCAGGGGACAAGUGGUGGACUGUUGAGUACAGUAAGAGGUACAAGGGUGUCACAAAGACCUUUAUGCAGGCCGUGAUGUCAGGAGAUCCUGAAGCGCUUUGGAGAGUUUUGCAGAAACUCCCAUGGCAUGGCGAUACACUGCUACAGCUAGCAGAGGUAUAUCGCCAUAGAGAAGAAUACAGUCAAGCUGUUGAAUACGUGGAUCGAGCGCUCUUUGCAUAUGAACGCGCUUUCUUAGGGGCGUUCAGCUUCGCGAACGGGCUCAACCGCCUCGACUUCAAUUGCGUCGAGAAUCGUCCAUUCUUCCUUGCGUUGCAUCGGCAGGUCACUGAUCUCCAGCGUCGCGGAUGCAUACGCACCGCGUUCGAGUUUGGACGCCUUCUAUACUCCCUCGAGCCAUGGACAGACCCGCACGGUGUCUUGUUCCAUCUGGACUUCGUUUCCAUCAAAUCAGGGAUGGGACAAUGGCUCUUGGACAUAUACUCCGAGUUCGCUGGAACAAAGACAGCAUUCGAGGAUCAUUUGAAUCCGAGUGUGCUGCCUGGAUGGGCGUAUGCGAGAGCCCUGGCGCUUUUUGCGAGGGAAAAGGCAGGUGGGGGGCAGAGCAUGUGCAGCAGUAUGGACGCACUGAAGCAGGCUAUGCUAGCCUUCCCAGAGGUGGUACCACUGCUGGCUGACAAGUGUGAUAUUUCACUGUCUCCAGAGCUGCGCGGGCACAGAGCAUUCCGGAUACACACCGACGGAAUUGGGCUAUCACCUGCUCAAAGCGUUCUCCACCUCCUAUCUCAUCUUUAUGCUCAAAAAUCCGCACCUCUCUGGAAAUCCGCUGCACAUGUAAAAUGGUUCGAAAGCACCGCUAAUGAAAUCCGAACGUCGCUCAACGCCCAACGCUUCAAUCCGACUCGUGAGCGGUUCCUCCAAAUGUACGCCUCGACAACGCUCCGCUACUCUGUCUAUCGACACAUUAUUGUUCUUGAGCAAAGCUUCCGGAACCUCACCCCCUUCAUCCCACGCUCUGUCUUGCUAGCGAAACAGCUCGCAUGCGAUCCGCUCCCACCACUGACAGCAUCCUCUGAAUACAACGACGCUUUCUUUGCAGGCGCGGAAGAGAUCUUCAGCGUGCGUCCUCGUCGACGGGACGCGCGGGCGUUGGAGAGGCUCAUCCCAGAUGCAGGCAUCAGGGCGCAAAUCGAAGCGCUGUUCGAUGCGAAUCCUGGACUGGCGGGGCAGUUGCCUGGUGGCGUGGUGCAGUUUGUCCAGAUGAUGGCGGAUAUGCCGGAUGAAGCGUUGGACGAUAUGAUGCUUGGCCUUGCGAUGGAUGGGGAGGGUGGUGUACCAGGUGGGGGUAUGCCAGGCGGAUUGCCGUUGGAGGGUGAUGAUGAUCUGCUGGACUUCGACCCUAUGCCUCCGAGAGGUGAAGUGGAAGCGGCGCCAGCGUUGGCAGUUGAGGAUGAAAGCGAGGGAGAUGAGGAAGAUGAAGACGAGGAUGAGUACAUUGCUCCCAUGCCCAUACGGGUUGUGAGGAAUCUGCUGAAUAGAUUUUGGGGAGGUGGCGGGGCUACGGCUGACAGUGAUGGAUCUGAUAGUGAUGCUGAGGAACGGGACCACGACGGUGUUGACUAGGGGUAUGCGCGAGUGUUUGAUUCUACGCGAGUGUACUUUUAACCCCUUCCGUGUCAACCAUUAAGUACCUUUGAGCACGGAUUUCACGGAGAGCCUGAAUUUACUGGUAGAAUGUGUCUGGCAUUGUAACCACCCAAGUCCAUCUACGAAAGUAAAAUUAAAAUG